AUGGAUUCCGGCUUCUAUAAAAUCUAUCAUCAACAUGAAUUUGAUUCCAGAGAACACUUGGAGAAUUACUUUUCAGAUCAACAAAAAACUGUCUUUGGAGAGGAUGCCUUAAUGUUUCCUAUUGAAAGUCUUAGAAAUAUUUUUACAUUGGGUCAUAUUAAAGCAGAUGUCUUGAUAGAGCUCAGCUCUGGUUCCAUGGUUCAUCUUCUGUAUGCCGCUUGUGACUUUUUUAAACAUAUCAUAGUGCUGAAGGUCAGUGACGGAUGCAUAAUGGAGCUGAAGAGAUGGCUAGACUCCCGUACAGGAGCAUUUCAUUGGGGACAUGCCACAAAACUUCAUGCAGACAUAGAAGGGAGCAUUGACCAGCUUCAUGACAAAGAAGAACAAGUGAGAACAGCAGCUCAACAUGUUAUGAAAUGCGACUUUGAGAAAGAAAAUAUGACGGAUCCGAUAGUCUUACCACCAGCAGAUUGUAUAAUCACCGCUGCGCUUCUAGAUGUUAUCUUCAAAGAUCGAGAUGAUUACAUCAGAUAUCUCAGGAAGAUCUUAAGGUUGCUGAAACCUGGAGGACACCUGAUAUUAAUUGGGUGUUUAGAUAUGACUUAUUACAAAGUUGGGAAAGAUACGUUUCAUGCUUUCAAAUAUAAUGAGGUUUUUGCCAGGAAAACUCUAGUUGGAGAAGGUUUUAUUAUUGAAAAUUGUAAAAUUCAUAAGAGAACAGCUGUGAGUGACCUUACUGACUAUAAGGCCCUCAUAUUAAUUGUAGCUCAUAAGGAGAUAUAA